AUGGGCUGUUUCUGGGGAGCAGAGAGGAAGUUCUGGAAGCAGAAGGGGGUCUACUCCACCCAAGUGGGCUAUGCUGGAGGCCUCACCCCCAACCCCACCUACGAAGAGACCUGCACAGGUAACACUCAACACUGACCCCACUCAGAUGUAGCUAGCUAUCAACAAUGCCCCUGACUCGGACACAUUUUCCAAACGCUUAUAGAACAUUUAGCGUGCUCAGAAUAAUUCAGUAUUUUGACUAACUGGCUGCUACUAACUGUUACUCACUGCUGCUGGAUGCUACUGACUGUUAAUGGCUGCUACUCACUGCUACUGACUGCUACUGACUGCUACUGACUGUUACUCACUGCUGCUGGCUGCUACUGACUGUUACUGGCUGCUACUCACUGCUACUGACUGUUACUGACUGUUACUGACUGCUACUGACUGCUACUGACUGUUACUGACUGCUACUGACUGUUACUGACUGUUACUGACUGUUACUGACUGCUACUGACUGCUACUGACUGUUACUCACUGCUGCUGGCUGCUACUGACUGUUACUCACUGCUGCUGGCUGCUACUGACUGUUACUGGCUGCUACUCACUGCUACUGACUGUUACUGACUGUUACUGACUGCUACUGACUGCUACUGACUGUUACUGACUGCUACUGACUGUUACUGACUGUUACUGGCUGCUACUGACUGUUACUGGCUGCUACUCACUGCUACUGACUGUUACUGGCUGCUACUCACUGCUACUGACUGUUACUGACUGUUACUGGCUGCUACUCACUGCUACUGACUGUUACUGACUGUUACUGACUGCUACUGACUGCUACUGACUGUUACUGACUGUUACUGACUGCUACUGACUGUUACUCACUGCUACUCACUGCUACUGACUGUUACUGACUGCUACUCACUGCUACUGACUGUUACUGGCUGCUACUCACUGCUACUGACUGUUACUGGCUGCUACUCACUGCUACUGACUGUUACUGGCUGCUACUCACUGCUACUGACUGUUACUGGCUGCUACUCACUGCUACUGACUGUUACUGAUUGCUACUGACUGUUACUGACUGCUACUGACUGUUACUGGCUGCUACUCACUGCUACUGACUGUUACUGGCUGCUACUCACUGCUACUGACUGUUACUGAUUGCUACUGACUGUUACUGACUGUUACUGACUGUUACUGACUGUUACUGACUGUUACUGGCUGUUACUCACUGUUACUCACUGCUGCUGGCUGCUACUGACUGUUACUGACUGUUACUGGCUGCUACUCACUGCUACUGACUGUUACAGGCUGCUACUCACUGUUACUGACUGUUACUGACUGCUACUGACUGUUACUGACUGUUACUGACUGUUACUGACUGUUACUGGCUGCUACUCACUGCUACUGACUGUUACUGAUUGCUACUGACUGUUACUGACUGUUACUGACUGUUACUGACUGUUACUCACUGCUACUCACUGCUACUGACUGUUACUGACUGCUACUGACUGCUACUGACUGUUACUGGCUGCUACUCACUGCUACUGACUGUUACUGACUGUUACUCACUGCUACUGGGUCUGCAAAUCAAUGUGAGGGGGUUCAAUGUUAGGGGGUUCGAGGAGGGGUGAGGGGGUUUGAGCCAUGUGUGGCUGAAGAAAGAUAACUCAACCCCUUCCUCCUUCCCCUGUCUGCACACACAAACAUACACCACAUGGCUCCUCUGCAGACAGCACUAAUCCCAGCAGAGCGUCUGCAGUGUGCAGAUUGGAACGGGAUCCUGUGUCAACAAGGGAUUAGGGGCUGCUGGAAUGUAUUGAACAGACAAUCGACACAAAGACAGAGAAACAGAGCGAGAAUGAAGGAAAGCAUCAUUUUGAUGAGGGAUACAGUGCCUUCGGAAAGUAUUCAGACCCCUUUACUUUUUCCACAUUUUGUUACUGUCAAGGUGACGUGUAUGCGGGAAACGAAGUCAAGCGCAGGACACCGAACUACUGGCAGAACGUACUUUACUUAACACAGUAAAGAAAGUACAAAACAAACCUCCAAACAGGGAGGAACAAAUAACGCAUACAACCAGCACUGCCGACCUAACGGAAAACAAUCACACACAAUAACCAAUGAGAGACAGGGGUUUAUAAAGGGAAUACAAUAUAACAUAAUGGGAAACAGGUGCAAACAAUCAGGACAAACUAGACAAACACCGAAACAUAGAUCGGUGGCAGCUAGUACUCCGGGGACGACGAACGCCGAAGCCUGCCCGAGCAAGGAGGAGAGGCAGCCUCGGCUGAUUCCGUGACAGUUACUUUACAGCCUUAUUAAAUCCUCAGCCGUCUACACACAAUACCCCAUAAUGACGAAGCAAAAACACGUUUUUAGAAAUGUUUGCAAAAACUAAAAAAAGUAUUCAGACCCUUUGCUAUGAGACUCGAAAUUGAGUCCUGUUUCCAUUGAUCAUCCUUGAGAAGUUUCUACAACUUGAUUGGAGUCUACCUGUGGUAAAAAUGAGAAGAUCUGCAGAGAAGAAUGGGAGCAACUCCCCAAAUACAGGUGUGCCAAGCUUGUAGCGUCAUACCCAAGAAGACUCAAGGCUGUAAUCGCUGCCAAAGGUGCUUCAGCAAAGUACUGAGUAAAGGGUCUGAAUAAUUAUGUAAAUGGUAUAUUUCAGUUUUUUAUUUUUAAUAAAUUAGCAAACAUUUUUACAAACGUGUUUUUGCUUUGUCAUUAUGGAGCAUUGUGUGUAGAUUGAUGAGGGAAAAAAACUAUUUAAUCAAUUUUAGAAUAAGGCUGUAACGUAACAAAAUGUGGAAAAAGUCAAGGGGUCUGAAUACUUUCCAAAGGCACUGUAUGUACAGUAAAGGAGGUCACAAUUCCUCAUUGUCUUUGAACAUCAGAGUUGGUCAAUCACAUAUAAAUUCUUGUCACUUCAGAUUCGAAAAAGACAUGGAAGAAUAAAUCUGAAUAAAAAAGAGUGUAACAUAUUUCUUGCUCCAGCCCUUUAGCCAUGCACAUAGUGCAGUGGGAUGCAGAGAGUGGUGACAUAUGGACUUCUGUCUUCUGCUGAGCCUCAUGCUGGCAGCCAUCUUGCCCAUCCUCCCCUGAGCUGCCAGCAGAUGAUGGCUGUGUGUGUGUGUCUCAGGCGUCCUUCAGAUCACCCUGAACACACAGCUCCACUGCCAAGCCCACCAGCUGAGCGAGGGAGCUACCGGAUGGAGGAGAAAGGAGAAAGAGAGAGAGUAG